UUACACGGUGGUGCUCCAGGGGCCCUGUUAUUUAGAAUGAAUGCUCUGAGCUGCUAGGAUCCGGAGAGUUUUUCUCAUUGGUCCUUAUAUAAGAGGUGUCACCUGCAGAGACAGAUAAGGAGUGCCUGGCCAUUUAGAGGCAGGUCCUGACAGUGAUACAAUGACCAAUAUAAAUGUCAGCAGGGUUGACUGAAGGCAGCGAACAAACAGAAGCAACACAGGCUGAGGACGUUCAGCAGCUGUAACAGCAAGAGGAAAGCCUCAAGGGCCUGGCCUGCCCUCCCAAGAUGGAGAAAUUUAAGGCAGCUAUGCUGCUAGGAAGUGUUGGAGAUGCUCUUGGUUACAGAAAUGCCAGCAAGGAGAACAGUGCUUUAGGGACAAAGAUCCGGGCGGAACUGAAACAAAUCGGAGGACUAGAGCAGCUUGUACUUUCACCCGAAAAAUGGCCUGUGAGUGACAACACCAUCAUGCACAUAGCAACUGCUGAGGCACUCACCACAGACUACUGGUGCCUGGAUGACCUGUACCGGGAAAUGGUGAAGCGCUAUGUGGAAAUAGUUGAGAAGCUUCCAGCACAUCGGCAAGACCCAGCUACUAUUGAAGGCUGCUUGCAGUUGAAGCCAGAUAACUAUCUCCUCGCCUGGCAUACACCUUUCAAUGAAAAGGGAUUCCUCGGGUCACUGUGCACAGCCCUGUUUGUAUCUUAUGCCAUACAAGGAAAGCCACUUGUGCAGUGGGGGAGAGAAAUGAUGAAGGUGGUUCCACUGGCUGAAGAAUAUUGUAAAAAGACCAUUCGGCAUAUGGCAGAAUACCAGGAGCACUGGUUUUACUUUGAAGCUAAAUGGCAGUUUUAUUUGGAGGAGAGAAACAUCGCUGAAGGGAAAGAAAAUAAAGCCACCUUUCCUGAGAAUUAUGAUGCAGAGGAGAGAGAAAAGACUUACAGGAAAUGGAGCUCAGAAGGUCGAGGGGGAAGAAGAGGCCAUGAUGCUCCCAUGAUUGCAUAUGAUGCUCUUUUAGGAGCUGGGGGUAAUUGGACAGAGCUCUGUAACCGAGCCAUGUUUCAUGGAGGUGAGAGUGGAGCCACUGGAACAAUUGCAGGUUGCCUGUUCGGAUUGCUUUAUGGCCUAAACAAUAUUCCCAAAGGCUUGUACCAGGACCUCGAACACAAGGAGAAACUAGAAAACUUGGGUGAAGCUCUUUACCGCCUGUCCACAGAAGAAAAGUAA